CAGAUAAAUAGCAUCAUUUUCAGUACUUGACCAUGAAUGAAUAUCAGUAAUUAACAAAAUAACCAAGUAAUAAUCUGCCCAAAAUGUCAUUCUGGAUCGAGACAGAAGACUGGCACACUGCCGGCGAACCUUUCCGCAUCGUCCAGACCCUCCCGUCAGGCCAUCUACCCGAUGGCGAAACUGUCGCUCAACGUCGCCUCACUGUUAUUAACACUUCCAAUCACCCUCUUGAUCAACUCCGACAAUCUCUAUGCCAUGAACCACGUGGCCAUGCAGAUAUGUACGGUGGUUUUAUUACGCCGCCGAAUGAUCCCGGUGCUCAUUUCGGCGUCUUAUUCUGGCACAAAGAUGGCUUUUCAACGGCAUGUGGGCAUGGGACCAUAGCUUUGGGGUAUUGGGCUGUCACAAAGGGUCUUGUUAAUGCGCCUGAAAAUGGGAGUGUUGAUGUCGUUAUUGACGUUCCUUCUGGGAGAGUUACCGCGGAGAUUGCUGUGAAGGACGGCAAGCCGGUUCAUGGCGACUUUAUCAACGUCAAGAGCUACCAGAUUGCCAAGGACUUAUCUGUCAAUCUUCCAUCACGGGGUGUUGAUGUCAAGGUCAAUCUCUCAUUCGGCGGAGCUGUCUACGCUACCAUCGACGCUGCUCAGCUGGGCCUCAAGGUUGAACCAAGCCAGUACAUCAACUUCAUCAAUAUUGGGCGCGAGAUCAAAGCUUCUCUAGGCACAAGAGCACACUACGACACAUACGAUCUAUACGGCGUCAUAUUUUUCAAUGACCAAGGUACUGGACCAGCUGGAGAGGUACUCCAGCGCAACGUUACUGUCUUUGCAGAUGGCCAGAUCGAUCGCUCACCUUGUGGCUCAGGCACAGCUUCAAGAGUAGCAGUACUUCUCGCAGAAGGAAGAUUGGGUGUUGGAAAGUCGAAGCUUCUGCACCGAUCGAUUAUUGAUACAGUAUUUGAAGCUGAUAUUGUCUCUGAGGAGGAGAGCCCUGUCGAAUUCCCGGCAUGUAUUCCGAGAGUGAGAGGAGCUGCUAAUUUGGUUGGGAGGAUGAACUUCUUCAUUGAUCCGGAGGACACAGUUUUUCCUGGGUUCCUUCUAAGAUGAACGUAUUGCAAAGAGUAAGAGGAAAUGGUCUCAGAAAUGGCAGAUUCCAUCAUUAUUCAUUAGUUUAUAAAACACGCUACCAUAACCCAUAUCAUGCGCUUUUAUACAAUCUUUUCCCAGUCCA